AUGGUCAAGCCCGACCCAAAGCAUAACUACUAUGCCGACCUCGAUCUACCUACUACCGCCUCUGUCGACGAUGUCCGAAAAGCCUACCGAAAGCUAGCCCUACAGUACCACCCCGAUCGCAAUGCAGGCAAAGAGGAAGAAUGCGUGCCUCGUUUCCAGGCAAUACAGGCAGCAAAUGAAGUGCUGAGCGACGCCACAACCAAAGCAAAGUAUGACCAAGACCGGCGAACGACAGGUCUAUAUCCCGCCUUCAAGACCGCUGGGCCUACACCAGGCAACCCAUAUGCCGCCACCUCAGCAUACCCACCGCCGCCUCGGCGAACACAACCAGGAACAUGGCAACGACCUGCUCCUGCUGCCGGUCAGCCCACAGGUGCCGAUCGUUUCACAAACUUUCCACGUCCAGCGAACGCCAUGCCUCGCGGGAAAGACUCAGCAGACAGGACACAGCAGUUCCGCGCGUGGCAGAACAUGAACAGCGGACCUACACCAGAAAAGCCUCGAUACCCGAAUCCAGGACCCCCACCGCCGCCUCGAUCUCCAAACCCACAGACACAGCAGCAAAACGCUGCUCGACCGAGAAUGAACAGGGCAGACACGAAGAUACCACCAGAGGAGAAGAUCAGGGCAGGCUUCAGGUAUGGUGGAAGUGCUGCACCGGCGGCGGAGCAACAAACGGCAUGGCACGCUUUCCAGACAGCGAACGCAGGGAAGCCGGGUAUGAACAGUAAGAGGCCACAAGGCAGAGCCCCAACUACACCACGAAGACCUGGUGGCUUCGACCCAAAUGCGCCUGGCUCAGACGAGCGGCCAGCUCCACCAUCUACUGGUCACUACGUGCACCGGCAUAAGUCGGAAGAUUUCACUGCCGAUGGUUUCCCACCCCCUCCACCUGGUCCGCCCCCAACGUCUGCACCACACUCUCCGACACCACCACAGAAUUUGAGACCGUUCCCACCACGACAGCCAUCUUCCAGAGGUCGAACACCGAAUGAUGAGGUUCCUUAUGCGGAAGGCAACAGGGUCAGCACUCCGUACGCGUCCUUCAUCGGCGAGAAGCUUCAAUUUGGCGACGGCCUCCGCCGCUCGGCAAGUACCCGGGACACGACUAGACUACAACCAGAGAGUAACAGUCCCAGUUCCAGCCGGGCCAGGAGCAGCAGCCCACCUUUACGCCAGACCAAAACCGCCGACGGUACCACGAAUGGUCGUAAGCAGGGUUUUGCGCCAGGUGUAUCCAGCGAAUCAAGCGACGGCAGCGAAGAGUCAUCCGAGUUCAACCCCGAUCAGACCGAGUCGCCAGAAGAGAAAUCUGACAGCAGUGCAACCAAUGGCAGAUCGCAACACACUCCUCGAGCACCAGAGGACAGGCCGAAGAAGGUGCCACGAGCACCGAGCUCACGGCUCAACGGAUCGAACCUGUCUGCUGAUGGACCAUCACUUGAUAGUGGCCAUCAGUCUGACAGCGGGCGUCCACCCAGCAUGGAGCAGCGACCAAGCAGCAACAACAUGUAUGCAAACCCCUCUCCUUCUGCUAACACCCCUUCUGCACGUACCGCCAGCACUCCUUUCAGUCGCACAAAAUGGAUAUCGGAUGCGUUUGGGUCUCUAUCAUUCGGAGUGUCCAACGCAGCCAAAUCUGCCAUACCGAAAUGGGCUGUCCCUAGCUCUGUGUCGCCAAGCGCCUCUUCCUCGACUUUGAAGCGCAAAGACAGUGGCAUUGAGACUGCUGCGUCGUCGAGUCCGACACUCGCUUCUGCUCAAGACUUCGAGCAUGCCAACAAAGAUCCAUUGUGGUAUCAAGCUUCCAGCGCGACACGGCAGGCAUACCUCAACUUCCGCACACAGCUCAGAGCACUCUGCGACAAGGAUGAAGAUCUCAACUUGCUCAAUGUGGAGGUGUUUCUGAGGUUGACCGCCACAGUACGCGACGGCAAGUCCGUUGGGGAUAUGUCCUGCGACCGUUUGCUCAAGGAUGCGAUCUAUCGCUUCCCCUCUGUUGGUCUUGAACCAGUGUCAAGAAGCAUUACUGACAAGCAGUCUUCUGCGAACAGUUUCCACUUUCCUGUCAAUGGCGAUACAUUCAACCCUACAAAGAGCCGCAGCUUCGAUAAUAUCAACACGAAGUUUUCUCCUGAUGGCUUCAGCGGGACAUUCAUGGGAUCACCAGGUACUGCCCAACAACCCGACUACUUCACUGCAGCCGGACGUCGACCAUCCCCCGGUCGCCGAGGACAAGCUCGUCGUGCUGAUCGUGCGAAUACUCACGACGGUGGUCCAGCGAGCAACGGCAGCACACCAGGCAGUAUGGGUCCGCCACCACGACCAGACGAGACACAGGCUCAGCCAACGACUUUCACUUCUCCUACUGAUGUCAAGUUCGACGAGCAACAGUGGAAGAGCACAUUCCGCGAUCCCUCUUGGACAUGGAAGCCGGAAGUACGAAAUGAAUCCCAGAACGGGUCGAGGUCGAAGACACCUAGCAGGAAAGGCAGUCGGCUGCACACGAACAGCCAGACUGCAACGACGGGUACGCAAGAGCAACCACAUAUCAUGGUCGACGAACCGGAUACUGCCAGUCAUGUUGACCCAGCCGCCACGACUACCGGCGAUGCGGACGCAAUGGACAUUGACACAGAACCGCCUGUAAGCUCGAUUCCGCCGAAUGCCGAACAGGAGACAGCUACACAGCCGACGUCCACGAAGGGCCCACGCUAUGUGUCGGUGGAGCCAUCGACGUGGCGGAAGCAACAAGAAGCAGAGCAGCGUAGCCCGAGUGCAGCACGACAUAGUCGAAAUGCCACGGAACCACAGCUGAAGACGAAUCUCGACGACCUGUCUCAUGUCGAGCCGAUCGCGAAGAGCGCAGAUGGUCUCAAGAAUCUGGCAGACCUGAGCUCAACUUUACCGUUCCAGUCAUCAGCAGCGGCCUCCACGAGCACGCAGUCUUUACGACCACAGAAACUCGUGACUCCCAAUGUGCCCAAGGCGCCACAGGCACCUACGAAGUUGACGAAGCAGAGUUGGCAUGUGUACGCACUUGCUUUCGGCACCUAUCUGGAGCAUUUCCAUGGCUUCAACAAGACCAUGCUGGCACAUUUCGACACUCGUCAGAAGCAGGCUGACACACGUAUGGUGAACGGCACUGCAUGGCUGGAAGCGACCGGAGAUCCGACAUCGCAGAUGGGCUGGGGUCAUUACCUCAAAGGUGUACUGGAGGACGAGGCAGUCCGCACAGUCUGGGAUCUUGGAUGUGAGCGACAUCUGGAGGCCGUGAAGAAGUUUCAGGACUUGCGAGAGAGGGUUAGGAAGCUUGUUUCGCAGGGCGCCUUGGUGGAUGCAUGA